AUGAACCGAGACGUCGAAGCGGCACCGCCCGCACCGAGCGGUCAUGAGAAGCAUGAGAGAGAUGUGGCCGCCAAGGAUGAAGCAAUCGCCAUGGUCGGCGAGCAAGAGCAUACCGUUGACCCCGUGGUCGUUGCGCGAGCAGUCCGCAAGAUAGACUGGUUCCUAAUUCCCGCCAUGAUCUUUGGCUAUGGCAUCGUCUACUACGACAAAGCGAUCCUCGGCUCGGCCGUGCUCUUCGGCAUGACCGCCGACCUCUCCCUGACGGUCACGGACGCGUCGACAACGCCACCUACGGUCGACACGUCGCGGCUCUCGUGGGCGACGUCGCUCUUCUACUUCGGCAUGCUGGCGGGCCUGUAUCCCAUGUCCUUCGCGCUGCAGCGCUUCGACAUCGGCCGCGUCCUCGGCGCCAUCGUCCUGCUCUGGGCCGCCAUCUGCAUGCUCACCGCCGCCGUCACCUCGUACCAGGGCCUGUAUGUCCAGAGGUUUUUUCUGGGGUUUGUGGAGAGUAUUGUCCCUACGGGGUUUAUGUGCAUUGUGUCGGGGUUUUAUACGCAGAAGGAGCAGAGUCUAAGGCAGAGUUGGUGGUUUAGCAGCACGGGGCUGUUUACCAUCAUUGGGGGGGCGCUGAAUUAUGGGUUUGCGCAGAUCCAGGGGGGUGGGCUGAGGAGCUGGCAGUAUAUUUAUUUGUUGGCAGGGGUGUUGACGGUGGUGUUUGGCUUGUUUUGCUUUGCCAUGCCAAACUCGCCCGUCACGGCCUGGUUCUUGACCGAGGAGGAACGGUUUGCGGCCGUGGAGAGGCUCCGGUACAGCCAGACCGGGGUGCGGUGUACGAGCAUCAAGAUGGGCCAGGUGAAGGAGUCGUUGUUGGAUGUCAAGACAUAUUUGAUCUUUGUCAUGAUGGCGUCGGCGUAUACCAUGAACGGUGCGGUCAGCGGCUUCGGCCCACUCAUCGUGUCGACAUUCGGCUGGAACACCUUGCAUUCGAUUGUGUUUCAGUUCCCACUUGGGGCACUCUGCUUCAUCGUCAUCCUCGUGACGGGGUACUUGGGGUCUAAAAUCCCCAACAUCCGCCUCAUCAUGCUCAUCUUGACAUGUCUGCCCGUCAUCGCAGGCUGCGCCAUCAUCUGGAAGAGCGAGUGGUCGUACCGGGCCGCGGCACCGGUCGUUGGCUAUUCCAUUACCGGCUUCUUCGGCGGGACGGUCAGCCUCAUCAUCACGGUUGGAAUGUCCAACGUGGCGGGUCACACUAAGAAGAGCUUCAUGGCCGCCACCAUCUUCGCUGCAUACUGCGUGGGGAAUAUUGUUGGGCCACAGCUUGUCAAAUCGCAGACAAGGCCACAGCACUACCCCGAGCUGUGGCUAGGAUUGAUCAUUUGCUACAUAAUAUGCAUUGUAGCAUCGGCCACCCUCUACGUCGUAUUAACAACAGCAAACAAGAAGAAGUCAACGGUGCCCGAGGACCAGCCGGAGCGAGCGAAGCUGGCGUUUCAAGACUUGACAGAUAUGGAGAACCCCUACUUCAGAUAUGUCCUAUGA